UAUGAUUACGGCAAACAGUCUGUUUACAACAGGAUUAGAAAAAAUAUAUUUUGCCAUCAUGUAUUAUCAUACAACUUGAUGGGAAAUCUUGAACAAUAAUUAAGGAAAGCUAAGGAUAUACUGAAUAAUCGAACAUUCGUCGAUCGACUUACUUUUAAUUAGUGUAAAGGCAAGUAAUGAAGCCCCGUUAUAAGCCUAUAGAUCGACCAGAAUGCGAAGAUACAUGGUUCUGUUAUUUUGUUCCUCCAAAAGGACAAGGUCAGCCGAGUGCUAUAGCUAAACCUCUAUCUCAAGUCCCUGACUUGAAUCAGGGGCGAAAAAGUACCACCAGCGGGACAGAAAACCGUAGAACACAAGUCAGAGGAGCAGCAAAUCCAAAUGAUUCCAAUUAUAUUCGUCUAGCAAAGGCUGGUGGAAGGAAAAAUUUGUUGACCUUCACCGAUAAUCCAUCGAAAGCAAAAGAACCAGUGCCUUAUCCUGUGCCAGAGUGGUACUAUGAUGACUAUCCCGAUCAUGAUAGCAACACUGUGAAAACAGAUUAUUCAACAACGAGGUAUCCACAGAGACCAGACUGGAUGACACAUCUUGAGUAUAACCCAACGACAUAUCAACACAAAACGCCUUACCACACCAGCCGUGUAAUCAUCGCUUGGGACAAGAUGUCUGCUUAGAAACGAGAAGAAUGCGAUAAAAGGAUGCAACAGAAAGCAAAGGCAAUAUACGAAAAGAAGCGCAGAGAAGAAAGACAAGAGCGCAAGAAGAAACCUUACGUUUAUUCAAAAGCAAAUAGUGGUGGAUUAACUGAAGGAGCAAGAGUUAGGCUUCCUAAAAUCGAACCAAAAAAGCUUCCAGGGAUGAGAAAACUAUCCGGUGCUGGUCUUAAGGUACAUUGGUAUGAAAAAUGGUACAUCACUAAUCGUGCUUAAGAAGACACGGCUUUUCUGCCUGACUUGUAGUUCUCGGCCUCGCAUUGUCAAUGGCUUAAGUAUGGAAGAGAAAGAAUUGUAAUGUCUUUAGAUGCAAUGUAAAUAAAGGCUGAGAGCAUUUGACUAUACCGAAAGCACGCAAACAAACUAUCCUAAUCUACAACCCCUUACGCUUAAUAAUAACCGACCUCACCUACAAUAUCCUUUUUAAAAGAAAAGGCUGUGGCUUUAUGGAUUAGUUUUAACUGAAUUCUACGUAUAUUCUAGUUUCUGAAUCACCAGGAAGGUAUUAUGGCAUUCUUGUGUACAUUUCUCCAGAUGAUGUUUGAGCAACUAAUAUAAAUUUUUUUAAUGUUAAUUCCUUCCCAAAGCGGCUCAAUAUAACUGAGUGGCAAACGAAA